GGUAUUUUCCUGCAGAUUCACAAGGAGAACCCUGCACAAUGACAGAGAUGAACACCUAUGGCUACAAUGUAACUGACCUUGAGUUCAUACAAAGCAUUAACGAGUCCCUGUUUACCAUGGCAAUGGAUGGAAAUGAUUCAACAGCAUUCCUGGAGAAUGUCACAUUUGAACAGAAUCUAGACUCUGGGAGUACACCGAACCGAUUCCACAAAGAAUAUUUCUGGAUUGACAAAGCUGUUAUUCCCACUAUCUGCGCCUUUGGGAUUAUUGGUAACAUACUAAAUUUGAUUAUACUAAUGCACAAGCAAAUCAGAUCAACAAUGGACACGAUGGAGAAAUCAGCCCACAUUGGAUUAUUCUCACUGGCAAUUUCUGACUUUUGUUUUUGCCUGAUUGUGUUCUGUCACGCUUUCUUGCCAGAGGUCCACAUAUUUCUCCACAAGACAUUCACACUGUACUAUAUCGUGUUCAGUCAUGCUUUCAUUAACAUUUUCAUAAUGACAAGCACUUGGUUGACUGUUGUUAUGGCAACAGGACGCUACCUUGCCAUUUGUUACCCUCUCAGAUGUAGAACAACAAUAGAGCUCUCCUGGAGCAAGUGGGCAAUUGUCCUCGUCUACAUCAUUAGUGUCUUGUUCAAUAUUCCUUGGUUUUUCCAAAUGUAUAUCCAAAGGGUCUGUAUAAAUGAUAACUACAUUUACUACCCAGCCCAGGGGAGUAUUACAUUGUCAUCUGCUUUUAAAGAUGGCUAUCGUAUCAUGUGGGGGGUAAUUUGUAAUUUUGUUCCCUUAAUUGUAUUAGUCUUUUGUAACUGUUGCCUUAUUAAGGCUUUGCAUAACUCACGUCACAUGCACCGUGCCCUAAGUGCUAAUCCACCAAUCAAAGAAACACGCCAGAGGCUCACAACAAUUCUUGUUGUUAUUGUCCUACUGUUCUGUGUACUCGUAUCACCUUCUGAGAUCAUGAAAUUUUUCUUCAAAAUUUUGCAAACUGACAAUUUAGAGGCUUAUCAGAUGAUCCAAAAAAUUGGAAACAUUCUUCAAGCAAUUAAUUUCUCUAUCAAUUUCCUACUUUACUACAGUAUAAAUUUACCAUUUCGACAAGUUUUUAAGGGACUUAUGAUGCCAUGUGCUAAAAAGAAUCAAAAAUUACCAGUCCAGCAGAAUGGUGCAUCAUUUCGUUCAAAUAGCUCUAUGAUAAGCGUUAAGAAGCUACCCUCCUGUUCAUCUGACACUAUGGUAUGACUAGAUAAACAUGGCAAGCACUGGAAAUUUACAAAUAACUUGAGUUCAAAAUCAUCCAAAAGGACUAAGUCUUUAGAACACCUAUAAACUAGGUUUAUAAAGAAAUGUAUUGAUUCAAAUUCAAAAGUGAAUUGUAUGUCCAUAUUACAACUGUAAAAUGUAUGGGUACUCAGUACAUGUACUAUACAUAUGUGUAUAUCAAUAUUGCAUUAUUAAAUAAUGUUACCCAUAUUUGACUUAUAGAGAGGGAUGGAAAGGACCAGGGAUAGUAUGGCAACUGAUUUUCAAUAGUCGUAUUUUAAAUAUUUUCUCAGCAUAAAUGCAAGAAAGUUAGAUGGUGUUGAACGUGUUCUUUUAAAGAUAUCAAAUUUUGGUGAUAAAAAUAAGAUAGAAAACAAGGCAUGACAUGCAACAUGGUGGUUAGAUGGUGACAUGCAAAAUGUCACCAUCUGCCAUUUGUUACAGACGUCAACCUCCAGACAGCAGUGGGGGUAAUAACAGUAUAUCACCACUUUGGUGGUGACAUAACAAAUUAAUGAGACAAGUUUUCCCUUCAGGACAUUAUUAAAGGAAAUGCCAUUUAAAGUUAAUCACAUUUCAACACAUAUUCCCUUUCCAGAAGUUAAUGACAUAGUGCAGAGAAAGUUCUUAAUCAAUUGAAAAUGGAUCUUCUCAUAUUAAUGGUUAACAUUUAUUCAUGGUUGAAACAGUUCUUUCUCUCCAUAAGUCAAAAGUUGGUCAGGUUACUGAUUACUGAUUAAAUUGUUCUACUGCUUGCCAAAUUGAGACACAUGUAUGACAUAGUAUAGUGUAAAUAAAUUAUUGAUGUAAAACAUUCUCUAUAUAUAGUAAUGAACAGUAAAAUUUGUAUAUAUUUGUAGAUGGUGCACAACAC